AUGUGGGAAAACGGCAAGGAUGUCAGUAAACCGGAGGUACUUGUGGAAGUUCUAAAGCAGCGUCUAAAGGAAGAUGAAGCCCGGGAAGUCAUGGCGAAAGCAAACAGCCCGCCAUACAAGCAGCAGCUGAACGAUAAUACCAAGGAAGCCCUCGACCGAGGUGCCUUUGGCUGCCCAUGGUUCCUUGUGCGCAACUCGAAAGGGGAAGAAGAACCGUUCUUUGGUAGUGAUAGUAAGGCGCCCGCUACGGGGGAGAUGCUGUAA